AUGAGAGGUGUGAAACGCUUCGGAGUGAGGGAAAAGCUAAGUCCCCGAUAUAUUGGGCCUUUCGAAGUGUUGGAACGGGUUGGAGCGGUAGCAUACCGACUUGCAUUACCGCCGAAGCUGGCGGGGGUGCAUGAUGUAUUCCACGUUUCUAACCUUCGUAAGUAUGUCCAUGAUUCUGAGCACGUUAUGUUUUACGACCCGCCGGAUCUACAAGAGGAUUUGAGCUAUGAAGAGUUCCCGGCGAUGAUCAUUGCUCGAGAAGUGAGGAAGCUGAGAAAUCGCGAGAUUCCCUAUGUGAAGAUUCGUUCGACCGAUCACGACGAUCGUGAGGCCACGUGGGAACUCGAGGAAACCAUGAAAGUGCACUAUCCUCAUCUCUUUGAGGAAAUGUGUUGA